UGGCGCUAGUUGUCACAAGUCUAACUAUACCAAAUAAAAAAUAUAUUUUAUUUUAGGAUGUAUCGCAACAUAUAAGCCUGUUUUAUAUAAAUUCGGGGCUGAAAUGGUAAAUCGAUCGUUUUACAAUGUCCGCCAGUAGCGAUUCCGAUGAGUUUUAUGACGCUGAAGAUAAUACACCCAGUCAUGGUUCAAGGAAGCCUAGGAAAAGCUCUAAGGAAAGUUUAACAAAAUGGGCCACUUCCGAAUCCAAAAUUCCUGAUAUACCUGAAAAAAUAGAAUCAAAACAACCUGAAGAUAAUAAUGUAUUUGCUGAACCAUCCACAUUGCCCAUAAAUGUUGGAAAAAAUAAAAAGUUUAAGGAAUUAAGGCAAAAAUUACAGAAUGAUGAUGAGGAUUGCCAACAGUCAAAUGUCACAUCCCCCAACAGUCAGACAUCCUCAGUAGAGGGUGUAUUUGCAGCUUCCAACAAGACUAGUCAUCCAUUUAGAGUUAUUGAGCAAGAUACGAUAAGUUUACAGAGUUUAAAUUCUUUGGGACGAAUUGGCCGAAUUCUAGUUGGUACGGCACCCGACGGAGGUCGUAAAGCACUGUCGGUUUCAGCGCUCUCCUCUAGUUCACUGGAUUCGGAAUCGACGCAAAGCUCGAAACAAUGCUCCCAAUAUCCAAGCACAAUGACUCUGUCCACGAGUACCGUACCCGCCGAAUCCGAAAAAAGAUCCGUGCCAUUGCAGGAGCCCGACGUCAUAGCCAGCACGAAGGUGUCAUCUUGUUCGCAACAGAAGGCCAACAGAAGCGAGGCUGCCGGUACGACUGAAAUACAAUCCACCUCUCACUCAGCUGUAGAUGUACCGGUCGCGCCACCUAGACGCAAAAAGAAAAACAAAGACACCUACCUGGCACUCACUAAGUCCGCUUCUAGUGCCACAUUCGAAACAAGCAGGUUAGAUAGUCCUGCCAGUACGAUAGAAUCCAUCACAAAGGAAUUUGAACAUUGUUUAGAUCGUCUGCCGACGAAGGUUACUAAAUCGAACACGAAUCUGCAGAGUGAGUCAAAAACUUCAACGUUGAAAUCUGUUCAUUCCUUGGACAUCACGCAAGCUCUUAAAGGGCAGUUCGUUGUUAAGCCGCAAGACAAUGACAGUUUGAAAGGUCACGAUAUUACUAAGGGAACGGCAGAAAAUCCACGACAAGAAUUAGAAGUGCCUUCCGAGGAAGCUGGGUCGAGUACCAAUAGUCCUAGAGGUUCCUCGAAUCGUAGCAGUGUAGGGCAUUAUAGUUUAGGACCUCACAGAGGUACCCAUCAAAAUGUGAAAUACAGUUCUAAAGAACGCAGGAAAUCUGCCGGUGAUGAAAGUUUUUUGAAAGGUGUGAAUCUUCACGUUCGUACACACACAGAUUCGGGUAAACAUCUAUCAGAUUUCGAAAUUUUGGAACAAGUUACUGUAUUAAACUUGGAUACGGGGGAAAGGAUACCUUUAAGUGUUGCCGAAGACAAAUUGCCGCAAUGUCUUAAUCCCCUAUCUCUUCAUUUAAUGAGACUUACAUCCGAAUAUGUGAGUAGUUCUAGCAUGGAGAAGGAAAAUGAAUCAGAUGAAGAAAGUGUAAUUAGUAAAAAAUCUGAGAUUCCGAUUGUUGAUGAAAAUGACGCUGACAUAGGUCGUAUGAGGAAAAAGACUGCGAAAAUUAAGCGAUUCUUGGGGUCUACCGUUAAAAAAACAAUGCACAAAGCUAAAAGUAUCGCACAAGAAGUCUCCCAUGCUCGUCACAAGGAGGACAUCAUCGACAUUGUUGAUAACGUACAUCCUGGAGAGCAAAAUUGCAAAUUGAAGGCUUCCAACUCACAUAAAGGACCCUACGAGUUUGAGAAGAUCGAACAUGUUCAAGAACUAAAGGAAGAACAGAGUGAAGGUGCAAUAUGGUGUAUGAAAUUCUCAUGUUGUGGACGACUUUUGGCUACAGCUGGACAAGAUCGAGUUCUUCGUAUAUGGAUUGUAAAAGAUGCAUUCCCAUUCUUUCAGGAUAUGAGAACUAAAUAUAACGCUGAAAAGGUCUCGCCUACACCUUCACAAGAGUCAUUGGUUUCACAUCACUCUGCUGAAGCUUCAAACUUAGCCGCUCUUGAGGCAUCUUUAAGCUCUGAAGAAACUAGCAAGUUUACUUUUAUGCCAAAGCCAUUUUGUACCUAUAUUGGACACACUUCCGAUUUACUGGAUGUUUCUUGGUCCAAAAAUUACUUUAUUCUUUCAUCGUCUAUGGACAAAACUGUUAGGUUGUGGCAUAUUUCAAGGAAAGAAUGUUUGUGUUGUUUCCAACAUAUAGAUUUCGUUACUGCUAUUGUAUUUCAUCCCAUAGAUGAUCGUUACUUUUUAAGUGGAUCUUUAGACGGGAAAUUAAGGUUGUGGAAUAUUCCUGAUAAAAAAGUUGCCGUUUGGAAUGAAAUAGAAGGAAACACUAAAUUAAUAACAGCAGCAAACUUUUGCCAAAACGGCAAGUUUGCUGUAGUUGGUACAUACGACGGCCGGUGUAUAUUUUACAUCACUGAUCAAUUAAAAUAUCACACUCAGAUCCAUGUAAGAUCUACUCGUGGACGUAACUCUACCGGUCGUAAAAUUAGCGGCAUCGAACCCAUGCCAGGAGAAGACAAGAUUCUAGUAACUUCCAAUGAUAGCAGAAUCAGAUUGUAUGAUUUAAGAGAUCUAAAUGUAUCAUGCAAAUAUAAAGGAUAUGUAAAUAUUAGCAGCCAAAUUAAAGCUAGUUUCAGUCAUGAUGGUAAAUAUAUUGUGAGUGGUUCAGAAAAUAGAGACAUCUAUAUCUGGAAAACAAAUCAUGACUAUUCAAAAUUCUCCUCCGUUCGUCGUGAUCGUAACGACUUUUGGGAGGCGAUUAAAGCACACAAUGCGACAGUCACAUGUGCCAUAUUUGCACCAAAUCCAGAGGUUUUAAUCAAAAUGAUGGAAGAUCACAAUAAAAAACAUCAAAAUGAUGAUUCUAAAAAGGUUGAGGAUCCAGUUGUGGAGCAACAUACUAAAGGGUGUGGUGGAUAUGUAUUAAUUUCAGCGGAUUAUAAUGGAGUGAUUAAGGUUUUUAUGAAUAAAAUUAAGCCAAAACACAGUUCUCUUCCGGUUUCAGCAAUGGCGUAGAAUGUGUUUUGCGAUUUAUUCCAGUUAUUUUUAUUGUAAAGUUUAUAAAUAUAAGAAAAAAGUGUAUAUUUUUUAAAUUAAUUUAUUAAUAAAUUAUGUGAUUCUAUCUAUAUAUGUAUAUUGUAACUGUAUAUUAUUUUACUGUUUAAGACUAAUAUGUUAAAUAAAGCCAUUUAAUAGAAAA